UGGAAUGAACUAGUACCUUAAACAGUAAUCAUUUCGAAAGAACCAUAAAGAAGGAAUAUGGCCGGGUAUUUGGGAGCCAAAAGAAGACUUUCAGGAGGACCUUCAAGUGAUGAUGGUCCAAACAAAAGACAACUGGCCACCACAUUUGCCACCUCCACAGGAAGAGAUUCACCAGUCGAAGAAGUCGUAGAAUUUGAAAGUAAUAGUGAUAGUAGUGAAGAUGACGACGGUUCAUACCAGGGAGACUUCCAGAUCGAAGACUCCACUUCAUCUCAGUGGCAAGAAACCAUCACAAAUGUGGUGAAAUCUGUCGUUUCCAUUCAAUUUACCCAUGUUAGCAAUUUCGAUACUGAAACUUCCAUUGUCAGUGAAGCCACCGGAUUUGUAGUUGAUGCCGUAAGAGGUCUCAUUUUGACCAACAGACAUGUUGUUGGUCCAGGUCCAUUCUGUGGGUAUGCAGUUUUCGAUAACCACGAGGAAGCAGUGGUAAAGCCAAUUUAUCGUGACCCUGUACAUGAUUUUGGAUUCUUACAAUUCAAUCCAAAGGAUAUUAAAUAUAUGGAGGUUGUCCAAUUAGAAUUGAGACCAGAAGCAGCACAGGUUGGUACCGAGAUCAGAGUUGUAGGUAACGAUGCAGGUGAAAAAUUGUCGAUUUUGUCUGGAUUUAUUUCUAGAUUGGAUAGAAAUGCUCCAGACUAUGGGUUAUUAACAUACAAUGAUUUCAAUACCGAGUAUAUCCAAGCUGCUGCCAGUGCAUCCGGUGGUUCGAGUGGUUCUCCAGUUGUAAACUCAGAGGGCCGUGCCGUUGCACUUCAAGCCGGUGGGUCACUGGAGGCAUCCACCGAUUUCUUCCUCCCAGUUUAUAGACCACUUCGUGCCUUACAAUGCAUCCAAAAAUCACAACCCAUCACAAGAGGUGACAUUCAAGUGGAAUGGCAACUCAAGCCAUUUGAUGAAUGUAGACGUCUUGGUUUAACUUCAGAAAAUGAAGCAAUUGCAAGAAAGGAGUUCCCUAAAAAAAUCGGUCUUCUUGUCGCCGAACUUGUUUUACCUCAAGGACCAGCUGAUUCAUUCAUCAAGGAAGGUGACAUUCUUAUCAGUAUUAACGGAGAACCAAUUGCCACUCAUGUUAGAGUAGAUGAGAUUUUGGAUGAUAACGUUGGCAAAACUCUCAAGUUUGUGUUACAACGUGGUGCUAAGCUCAUUGAACAUGACAUUGUCAUUGGUGAUCUCCACAAGAUCACUCCUUCUAGAUACGUCGAAGUUGCCGGUGCAUCGUUCAAUGACCUCUCUUACCAAGUCGCUCGUUGUUACUGUAUUCCAGUCAAGGGUGUUUUCGUCAAUGAUGCUUCUGGAUCUUUUGAAUUCAGUCCUUAUGAAAAGAAUGGAUGGAUUUUGGACUCUGUUGAUGACAAACCAACCCCUGAUCUUGAUACCUUUGUUGAAGUAAUGAAGGAAAUCCCUGAUAGAGUCAAGAUCUCCGUCCAAUACCGUCAUGUUCAAGAUUUAAAUUCUGAAAAUGUUCACAUUCUUUACAUUGAAAGACAUUGGCAAUCCACUUUUAGAAUGGCCACUAGAAACGAUUCCACUGGGUUAUGGGAUUUCACCACUUUACAAGAUAAGGCCUUGCCACCACCAUCAGUUGAACCACAAAAUGCUAAAUUUAUCGAUAUCCCAUUUGAUGAUGAUGACAAGAAGGGUUGUUCUUCAUUGGUUCGUUCAUUUGUACACGUAAGAACCAUCUUACCGGUUCCAGUUGACUCUUUCCCAUACCGUAAGGAAAGAGGUCAUGGUAUAGUCGUGGACAGUGUCAAUGGAUAUGUCUUGGUUUCUAGAAGAUUUGUUCCUCAUGAUAUGUGUGACAUCUUAUUGACCUUUGCUGAAUCGAUUGAUAUUUCUGCUGAAGUUGUCUUUUUACAUCCAAACCAAAACUAUGCUAUCGUCAAGUAUGACCCAAGUUUGGUUUUGGCAGACGUACAAACUCCAAAGUUAUCCACUCAACCAUUGAAAAGAGGUGACAAGGCAUUUUUCGUUGGUUACAACUACAACUUUAGAGUAGUUACCGACGAUGUCAAAGUUAGUGCCACCACUUCUCUUAAUAUCCCACCAUCUACCGUUUCCCCACGGUACAGAGGUACCAACUUGGAAUGUAUCUUAUUGGAUAGUAAGGUUUGUCAAGAAUGUGACACCGGAUGUCUUGCAGACCGUGAUGGUACUAUUAGAGCCUUCUGGUUGACAUAUUUUGGUGAAACUAACCCAGACUUGCAAACUGAAAGAAUGUACCGUAUGGGGUUGGAUGUGACCGAUGUUCUUGAUGUUCUUGAAGAGUUGAAGGCCAAGCAAAGCGUUAGUCCAGUGAGAAUUUUGGAUGUUGAAUUUGCUCCAAUUUCCAUUAAUCAAGGUAGAACUAGAGGUGUCCCUAAGGAAUGGAUUGCAAGAUUUGAAGAUGUUUGUAAUGAUGAAAUCAAAUUCUUAGCCGUUGAUAGAGUUGCUGCCCGUGAAAUCGGUGCUGAAGCAGAUGUUAACCCAUUCAAGACUGGUGAUAUAGUUCUUGCUGUGGAUGGAUCCAUUGUAAAGAACAUGAGAGAUUUGAAGGUUAUGUACAGAAAGGAACAACUUACAUUCCAAGUGAUCAGACAAAAGAAGGAGAUUUCCCUCAUCGUGAAAACCACCGACACUAGUUCCAUUAACACAUCGCACGUUGUUUUCUGGUGUGGUACACUCCUCCAAGCACCACACCAUGGUGUUCGUCAAAUUCUGGACAAGCUUCAUUCUGGCGUUUAUGUAACCAGAAAGAACUCUGGAGGUCCAGGUCAUCAAUACGGGAUUUCCACUAACAGUUUCAUUACACAUGUAAACGAUGUUGAAACCCGUGACUUGGACUCGUUCAUCAAAACUAUCAAGGACAUCCCUGAUAACACAUACAUCAAGCUUAGAUUGGUUUCCAGUGACAACGUUCCUAUGGCUAUCUCUGUCAAGACGAACUACCACUACUUCCCAACCAGUGAGUUGAAAAAGAAUGGUGAGGGACAUUGGGACGAAGUGGAACAUUGAGAAAGACAAUUAAGGGCUAUUAGGUAGAUAGAAUAUGUAGAAUAGACCAAUAAUAAAUUUUGGGUUAAAAGAUCAUUUGUAGAGACAGGUAAAACAGUUAGCUAACAGAUCAAGAGAUCAACAACAAAGACCUAUAGACUCUUAUUUUAAAAAAAUACAUUUCUACAUCAAGUUUUAA